UUCUUAUAAAAUCCACAGCUUCCAAACGCCAGUUUUCGUACACGGAAGAGAUAGCAAGACUAAGCAAUGGACGAGACAAGAGCAGCUACUUCAACGCCGCCGCAAGACGACGGCGCAAGGGCGUUUUCCGGGCGGAAACAAGAAGCCUCGGUGAUGGAUCGUGUUAAGAAGGGGUGCACUUCCUUUUAUGCGUCUUCUCAAGAGACGCUGGGAUAUGUCAAAGCCUUUUUCGUUGGUUGGGGAAAGAAGAUAACGGCAAAGAGCGAGAAGGAAGCAGCAGAAGCAGAUUUGAAGACUGCCAAAAUGCAGGUUCAAGCUACUGAGGCCGCAGAGAACUUGAAGAACGGAACUUAAUUGUUUAACAAAUCAAAUCAAAAUAAUAAUGAGAAAGUAUCCCAAUCUUCUGUACAUAUUUUGGAAUGAAUAAUAUGAUGUGUAUAAAAUCGUUUUUUGGUUUUGCA